AUGCUCACGAAUUCGCUCGCUAUGACAUAUGGAAUGCCGCCAAGUUACUCGAUUGUGUCGGAUGGCAACAUCGAAAUGCCUGGCGACCAAAGUCUAUGGGAUGCCACAAACGCCUCCCAAUGGUAUGACCUAGUCAACGUGAAAGGCAGGUCAUCAUUACUAUCCGUCCGGGACGCCGUUUCCACAAUUAUGUAUGGCAGUUCGCUGCGCGGCGUGCCUGAAGAGUGUUGGAGUUGGUCACCCUUUGCGUGCACCGUGGUGAUUAAUGCCGUUUCCAUUCAAAUCUGGCAUGUGACGCAAGGGUCUUAUUUCUUCGACGAAAUGACUGGAAUGGCCCAAGGCCAGUCCCAUGGCUCGGAAGAGUCGCAAGUCCUUGUCCAAACAGAAGCGGCAUUGUCAAGAUGUCGAGCGCUCAUCACGCAGGCACGAGCGGAUCAUGAUUAUACUUGGACAGAGUCAGAAGGCCCCUUACUGUUCAACUGUCUAGCACUCUUGAGAGUCACCUACUGCCGGGCGUUUACCGGAAAUGGAUGUGCGGACAGGAUGAUGUUACUAAAAGAUAAUCGAGAAGACAUUAUCGCCUCGCUUGAAGAUUUUGUGGCGGUCCCUCAAGAAAGAGACGAGUUUACCAGCAGAGCCGUCGCUCGUGCGUUUGAAGGGAUGGUGAUCCCCUCCAAAGCAGGGACUCUUCUUCUCCGCAAAACUGCCGCCUUGACCUGGUCGGUCGAGCAUGCGCUGGCUGGCUGGGAUGCCGCCUUACUCGUCACCAAAUGGGUCCACACGAUUGAAGUUGAGACCGUGCGUGGUAGGGGCCGAGUUCUCAGCGAACGCGAAGAGCAACUGAUCCAGAACAUGGGCGACAUUCUGGCGGAAGACGAGGGUAUCGACCAAGCGACCAGCAUGGCGGCAAGGCUUGCAGAGCAUUGGGCCAGCUUCUACGACGACACGUGGGUUUGGGGGGUCACUCCACGCAUAGGCUGGAUCCUGCGGGAACUGUCCAACUGUUAUGAAAAUGCGCUGCUCUCUCUAUAA